CCAUCGCUGGGCGGUGCUGCGGUCCCUGUGUCAGCUAACGGCGGCUGUGCGAUCGUGUGACUCCAUCCCGGGGACCUACAUGCCGGCCAGAAGGGAGGGAGUAGGCGCAAAUCGCGAUGGAGCCGGUGUCGCGAUAGUGCCCGGAGCUUGCCUGCCGCAGAGGUUUAUAUUAGAAGAGACGAGAUGAAUCCCAGGAGCCAGUGUGUGAGGUUGAAGUGAAGAGCGGAGGGGAUAAGUAGAAGAUCUGAUCCAUAAUGACCAGGUCACGGCUAUUUUGUUUGUUGGUCAUUUUGGUUUCAGUUUUCAUGAUCCUUUUCAUCAUUGUUUAUUGGGAUAAUGUCGGAACUACAAACUUUAACGUUCACACUUCCUUCUCAAAGUCUCUACUGGCACAGUCAAGUGAAGAACGUCCAACGACUGCACCAACCGUAGAGAACAAUGUUGCAUCAGAUGUAGAUGAAUUUUUAGAUAUUUUUCUCAAUUUUGGAUCUACAAAAGGUUUCUUUCAAAGCACAAAAACAGAAAACUUGCAGCUACAGGGCUCGAACAGCCAAGAGGAAAUUGUGAGGGGAUAUGACUGGUCCACCAAAGGUAAAUUAGAUGAUGGAAUUCUUGAUCAGGAAAUACAAGAGGAAAGGAAAUUGAAUCUACGCAAAUUUUGUGCAAAUUCUAGCUUUGAUUUUCCAACCAAGGAACGUUCAUUUGAUGAUAUUCCUAACCGUGAAUUAGAUCACUUAAUUGUCGAUGAUAGACAUGGAAUUAUUUACUGCUACGUUCCAAAGGUUGCGUGCACUAAUUGGAAGAGGGUGAUGAUCGUGUUAAGUGAAAGCCUCUUGGAUAAAAAGGGAGUCCCAUACCAAGACCCUCUACAGAUCCCUCGUGAAGAUGUUCACAAUACUAGCAGUCAUUUAACCUUCAACAAAUUUUGGCGUCGAUAUGGGAAAUUCUCUAGGCACAUGAUGAAAAUCAAGUUGAAGAAAUACACCAAAUUUCUGUUUGUCCGUGAUCCUUUUGUGCGUCUUAUCUCUGCCUUCCGUAGCAAGUUUGAGUUGGAGAAUGAGAACUUCUACCGCAGCUUUGCUGUACCUAUAUUGACACGCUAUUCCAAUCGAACCAACGUGCCCACUUCUGUAGGUGAAGCAUUCUCUUCAGGUAUGAAGCCAUCUUUUUCUCAGUUUAUACAGUAUCUUUUAGAUGAGAAAACAGAAGAACAGAAACCAUUCAAUGAGCACUGGCGACAAAUAUACCGCUUAUGUCACCCGUGUCAAAUUGAAUAUGAUUUUGUUGGAAAGUUGGAAUCUCUGGAUGAAGAUGCAGCCUUGCUUCUAAGACAAUUAAAUAUAGAUUCGUUCUUCCACUUCCCUCCCAGUUAUAGAAACAAGACUGCAAGUAGUUGGGAAGAAGAUUGGUUUUCUAAAAUUCCUCUCUCUUGGCGUCAGAAACUGUAUAAGUUAUACGAGGCAGACUUUGUGCUUUUUGGGUACCCAAAGCCGGACAAUUUAUUGAGGGUGUAAAAUCAUGAAAUCCGUUUCCUUGAAAUACCAAAAAUGAACAAUAUUUUAUUGCCUUCCAUCAGAAUUUCUUGGGAUUUUACCGUUUUGUAAGUCUGUAUUUUCCAUAUUAUGCAAAAACAAGGAUUAUUUGUCAUACGCUAAAGUGAAUAAUUCUUGAGAUGGCUAAGCUUUCAAGAAUUUACAACCUUUUUUUACAUGUUUGCAAAAAAAUUGAAAAGGGAAAAAAAAAUCCUUCAAAUUAUGCCUUCUCAGGAGGAGAUCUCUUAAAUGAGUUUUACUAUUAUUUUAUAAAUUAAUAUAUAAUUUAAACUAUUUAAUACAGAGAGUUUCAUGAAGCCUGUUGAGUAAAUACUUUGCUGUAAAACGAGAAGUGUUAUUACACACAGGAUGUUCUUAAAAGGGAAAUGAUGACAAGUAA